CGGAGAGGCAGGGCGGUCGAGAGAGUGAAGAGCAUUAGAGCGCGAGGAGCGCGAGGGAAAAGGGCGAGAGACGAUCCAUGCUUUGCAAGUCCAACAACGUCGGUCGGGGUAGGGAAGGAUGGAGGGAGAUGGCGAUGGCGUCGCCAACACCGGCACCAACAAGGAGCCACCGCUAAUGCCUGGCUCCGCGGUGGUUGAAAACGAAGUUGCGGGGGCUGGUAAUGCUCGGCCUCAGUCGACAGUGGCCGGGUUGGCCAAGGAGGCAGCGCAGCUCUUCCACGCGCGCUCCUACCAGGGAUGUUUGCUUAUCCUGCACCAGCUACAGCUGCACAACGAUGAGGAUCCCAAGGUGAGACAUAAUAUUGCUGUUGCAGAGUACUACCGGGAUGGAUGUACGAACCCUCAGAAGCUGCUGGAGGUGCUCUCUCAAGUGAAGGCUCGUAAUGAAGAGCUAGCUCGGGCUGCAGAAGAGCAGCAGGAAGGAAGUAGCUCUGCUUCAACUUCUGGAAACAACAACGGUAGUGGUGGCAAUGGGGGUCCCAAUGCUACCCGGACGAAUAGCGCGGAUGUCAUUGCCUACAUGGAUGACUAUGAUACAUCGAUCCCCAAUUUGAAUAUUGCUAUUACGAUGUACCACCUACAAAGAUAUGCUGCAGCAAUGUCUAUUUUGGGGCCUCUUUAUCGCAACAUUGAACCGAUCGAUGAGACAGCUGCAUUGCGGGUGUGCCUUUUAAUUCUGGAUAUCACACUUGCUUCUGGUCAGCCUGGGAAAGCAGCGGAAGUUUUGCAGUAUAUGGAAAAGGCUUUCGGGUACUUGUUACCUCCUGCGGAGACUUCUAAUGCAGUACCUGCUGUUCCGAGUUCCUCACCUUCUGAGACCGAGUCACUUACAACCAACGCCGAACAAGUUCUUGCGAGGACUUCGUCCGAUGAAGGCAUAGAGGAGGACAAUGUUACUCUCGGAUCCCUAGAGAUAGAUUCCAGCCAAACUCUUGGUAGUAAAACAACAACUACGCCCCUGGUAGCAGCACGGGAGAAACCCAUGCCACCGGUGGAUGUAAAAUUGUUGCUACAUCUGUACAGAGUUCGCUUGUUUCUCUCUGCACGAAACCUGAAAGCUUCGAAAAGAGAGAUCAAAUCUGCUCUGAACAUUUCCCGAGAAAAUUUGACCGCGUUGCUCCUCAAGGCACAACUUGAGUACUCUCGUGGAAACUACCGAAAAGCCAUAAAGCAGUUGACUAUGUGCAUAGGGCGAGCUGAUCCAAGUAUGAGAGGGAUGUUUCUUUCCAACCUUGGGUGUAUUCAUCAUCGACUAAGAAAAGACCAAACUGCUACUCUUUAUUUCCGAGAGGCGCUUCGAGCCUGUGCAGCAUCAGAUCGCAAUUAUUCUCUUUCCUCGACAGCUUUUUCGCAAGACAGAACACUACCUAUCGUCUACAACGCAGGAUUGCAGCAGCUUUCAUGCGGGAAUCCUGUAUUGGCUUCUCGUUGUUUCCAGGAAGCUGCUGCUCUCUACUACAAUCGACCCUUGCUAUGGCUGCGAUUGGCUGAGUGUUGUAUUACUGCUCUCGAGAAGGGUCUUUUAGAAAAUACCACACCGAAAAGAGAAGUAAAGGUGACGGUUUUAGGUGAUGGAGCAUGGCGGCGUGUGGUGCUGCCUGGUGGGAGCCUAAACCCAAUAGUGACAAACGAGGUUAAGCUGAACGAGUCAGAGGAAGAUGUACAGGUACCAGUCGGUAGUGAGAAGUGGUUCCUUUUUGGGAAGCCCCGCAAAUUGUCCCUACCCUUCGCAAUCCAGUGCCUACAGAUAGCUACGUGUCUCUUUGAUCGAUGUGAUGUAAAGGCAGCUGAAGCUGCUGCUGAAGCAGCCGUUGUAGCAGCUGAGGUGAAGGACAGCGACGACGUUCAGAGUACCAAAGGUGGCGAUUUGAAGGGGGGAGGGGGCAGCCCAACUGGAGAAGCCAAGGAUGUUAAAGGCCUUGUAGCUGCGGUGUCCGCUAUUGAGGAACAGGAGAUUCAAGAGGUGGCUGCAUUACGGAUGUGGGCACUGGCGGCACUCUCUUACUGUCAACUUGGAGUAGGUCAUCCAUUACGGGCUCUUCGGUCUGCAGAGCAGCUCUUGCGGCAGGCCUCUUGUGCGAGACCUUACAUGCUCCUAGGGCAUGUGUACGCAGCCGAAGCUCUUUGUCAUCUGGAGAGACCUCAGGAAGCCCUGGAGCAUUUAUCAACGUGUUUGAAUGAGGCAACUGCUGAACCUACGAACGCAGGGACCGAAGAGGAGAACCUCAAAUGGAAAGGUGGAGACAAUAGCGAGGCAAGUGGGGAUGGUGAAGACGGUGCUACGUUCAGCGUUGGUGCUCUAGGCGAUGCUGCUAGUGUUGCCAGAUUGACAGGAACUAGUGCGCGAGCAUCACUCUACAUAAACCUUGCAGCCGUGUACGCAAUGCAAGGUAACAUACAGGAAGCACAUCGGUUGGCUCAUUCAGCGCUUGCGAUAGCUCCCACUAACCCUACAGCAAUGCUGGCUGCUGUGUAUGUGGAGCUCAAACUGGAGCGGAUGGAAUCAGCGUUGGCUUUGUUGAAGCAGCACCGUCAUCUGUGUGUCGUGAGCUCUUGUAAAGGGCUAUCACAACACGACUGAAUGAUUUUACGCUAGGCUACAGUUAGAUGUAUCAUUCAUGUGCAGACAUUGGCAAGCAGCUGCUAAUCAUCAGAAUUUUGUACCAUAACCUUAACUUUUUCAAGGGUUGAAGGAAGAAUGUUGGAAUCAGCAACUCAUUUCCCCCAAAGCUGUCAACCUCUUGCGAUUGGUUUUCUUAUAGAAUUAUAGAAUUUCAUGUGGGUCUAUCUCACCGUCUGAUCUUGAAACUAUUAAAAUGAUAACCUCUGUCUACUCUUCCUUCC